AUGUUAUCAUGUCCAAAUAUAGUGGGUGCUAUAGAUUUAAACUUUAAUGGUGAUUCAGCUAAUAAAAUAAAAUUUUCAAUAUCACUUUCUUCAUUUCCAUAUUCAACCUCAUCUAUUUUAAUUCUUUUAAUACUAUUAAUCAUUAUAACUGUUUUAAACUUAGAUAAUACCUCAUGUGAUAAUCCAUACAACAUUUUAUAA